AUGACAGGACAAGUGUUCCCUGAUAUCAGCAAAACCCAAGCGAACUAUCGAUCCAAUGCGCCCGAAGUUGGGUCCGAGCCCAUGCUGACAGGGGUGUCUCCAAUGGCCACCCCCGCAGCUGCUGCCUGUAACCAAAGUGGAAUCCCGCCAUGCAACCCGCACAAUGAAGGCUAUUUUGUCCUUGGAAUGUUUCAAGACGGCAUGGAAACAUGGAAAACAUACACUCGAAAUUCUACCAGGCCCCCCGCAGCAGAUGUCUUACACCGGUCUGGCCGAGGUUGCCUUAUUCGCACUAUGAUUCGAGACUAUCCAAUGGCGAUGUGGUAA